AGGUUAAAUACUUUUAAGAAAUACUACUAUCCCUGCAUUUGAUUAACAAUUUUAACCAUCGUAUUUCCUUGUACAGCUAAGAUAUUAGUGACGGACCCCUAAAUGUUAAAACGGUUAUAGUUCGCACGCGUUAUGUUUUAGUCUAGCUAUUGGUAGAAAGUUUCCCGGGAACGUGACGUCAUAACCACAGUUUCGCGCCAAAUUCAUUGGAAGCAGCAGAUCAACUCGCGUUAUACAGAAAGACCUGUGAUCAUUCAGGAUGUCUUCACCUACAUCAACUCCCGGUGGACGGAAACGCAACAGGAAUGACAUUCCUGCCACUCGCAGUAUAGGCUCGACAUCCCCUCCUUCCCAACGUCGACGAGGUCAGGAUUCGUCUAAUGCCGAUCUCCCUGCAAUGCCAACGUCUCCAGCCACAGACAUUGCCAGCCCUACAGUCCACGACACCUCUCUGUUCUCCAGCCCACGCCGCUCAGUUCUUCCUAGUGAGGUGGAUAUGAGCUCCCCUCUAAUGUAUGGGACUCCUAGCUCCAGGGUGGAGGGGACCCCCCGUAGCGGUGCGCGUGGCACCCCAGCCAGACAGCGCCCUGACCUGGGCUCCGUCAGGAAGGCCCCCCAAGUGGACCUCCACUCUGAGCCUCCAAGUGCAGAUGGAGCAGUAGCAAGUGAGCCGUCAGUGGGACAGAAGCUGGUUAUAUGGGGAACUGAUGUCAACGUGGGAACAUGCAAAGAGAAGUUCCAGAGAUUCCUGCAGAGGUUUAUUGACCCAACAUCCAACGAGGAUGAGAAUGCUGGUUUGGACCUGAAUGAGCCUCUCUACAUGCAGAAGCUGGAGGAGAUCAGUGUGGUUGGUGAGCCUGUGCUGAAUGUAAACUGUGGCCACGUUCAGUCCUUUGACGCAGACUUGUACAGGCAACUCAUCUGUUACCCCCAGGAAGUCAUCCCUACCUUUGACAUGGCUGUCAACGAGCUGUUCUUUGAGCGUUUCCCAGACUCCAUCUUGGAGCACCAAAUUCAGGUGCGUCCGUACAAUGCCCUGAAGACCAGGAACAUGAGGAGCCUGAACCCUGAAGAUAUCGACCAGAUGAUCACCAUCAGUGGCAUGGUCAUCCGGACCUCCCAGCUGAUCCCAGAGAUGCAGGAGGCCUUCUUCCAGUGCCAAGUGUGCGCCUUCUCCACCCGCGUGGAGGUGGAUCGUGGCCGCAUCGCCGAGCCCGCAGUGUGUCGCCACUGUAACACCACCCACAGCCUGGCCCUCAUCCACAACCGCUCUGCCUUCUCCGAUAAACAGAUGAUCAAAGUGCAGGAGUCUCCGGACGACAUGCCGGCCGGCCAGACCCCCCACACCACCGUGGUGUACGCCCACAAUGACCUGGUCGACAAAGUACAGCCCGGGGACCGCAUCAACAUCACCGGUAUCUACAGAGCGGUGCCUAUGCGCGAGAACCCUCGCCAGAGCAACGUCAAGUCGGUGUACAAGACCCACAUCGACGCCAUCCACUUCCGUAAAACCGACGAGAAGCGCCUUCAUGGGCUGGAUGAAGAAGCCGACCAGAAGCUUUUCACCGAAGAGCGCGUCAAGACGCUGAAGGAGCUGGCGGCCAAACCAGACGUGUACGAGCGCCUCUCGUCUGCCCUGGCCCCCAGCAUCUAUGAACAUGAGGACAUCAAGAAGGGCAUUCUUCUCCAACUGUUCGGCGGCACCCGUAAGGACUUCAGCCAGACGGGCCGCGGUAACUUCCGCGCCGAGGUCAACAUCCUGCUCUGCGGAGACCCGGGCACCUCCAAGUCCCAGCUGCUGCAGUACGUCUUCAACCUAGUGCCCCGUGGCCAGUACACGUCCGGGAAGGGCUCCAGCGCCGUGGGCCUCACGGCCUACGUGAUGAAGGACCCGGAGACCAAGCAGCUAGUGCUGCAGACCGGGGCCUUGGUGCUUAGCGAUAACGGGAUAUGCUGCAUCGACGAGUUCGACAAGAUGAGCGAGAGCACGCGCUCGGUGCUGCACGAGGUCAUGGAGCAGCAGACCCUCUCCAUUGCCAAGGCUGGAAUCAUUUGCCAGCUUAACGCUCGCACCUCUGUCCUGGCUGCAGCCAAUCCAGUGGAGUCACAGUGGAACCCCAAGAAGACGACCAUUGAAAACAUUCAGCUCCCUCACACGCUGCUCUCGAGAUUUGAUCUGAUCUUCUUGAUGCUGGAUCCCCAAGACGAGGCUUACGACCGUCGCCUGGCUCACCACUUGGUGUCACUCUACUACCAGAGUGAGGAGCAGAUCGAGGAAGAGCUCCUUGACAUGGCGGUGCUGAAGGACUACAUUGCAUACGCGCGUACAUACAUCAACCCCAGACUAAAUGAAGAAGCCAGUCAGGCUCUCAUUGAGGCCUACGUGGACAUGAGGAAGAUCGGUAGCGGACGAGGGAUGGUGUCUGCCUACCCCAGACAGCUGGAGUCCCUGAUUCGCCUGGCCGAGGCCCACGCCAAGGUGCGCUUCUCUGACAAGGUGGAGACCAUCGACGUUGAGGAGGCCAAGCGAUUACACCGUGAAGCCCUCAAGCAGUCCGCUACCGACCCCAGGACAGGCUUUGUGGACAUUUCCAUCCUCACCACUGGAAUGAGUGCCACGGCCCGUAAACGGAAGGAGGAAGUAGCCCAGGCCUUAAAGAAAAUGAUCCAGUCCAAGGGGAAGACUCCUGCCAUGAAAUACCAGCAGCUGUUUGAUGACCUCCGAGGCCAGUCUGAAGCUGCAAUAACAAAGGACAUGUUUGAAGAGGCUCUGCGGGCCUUGGCAGAUGAGGAUUAUCUGACAGUCACUGGAAAGACUGUUCGUCUCCUGUGAAGAAAUACGAUCUCCCCCUUUUCCUUGUACAGUCACUUAUUUCUGUAGCAGCGACUUCUUGUGUACUUGUGUACUGACCUGUAAAAAAUUUAAUGUUUGACCUUGUUAAUGUUGAUGACUCUGUAGGGACUGGCAUUUUGUGUCAUGAUUACUGAUAGUGCCAGGAUGCGUUGAUGAUAUGGUAAGAAAUAAAGUACUACUUUUGUAUGUCA